AUGCAAGAGUUAAUGAACACUCUGGGAACUGUGCACGCAUUCCCAAACUUCAAUGUUGAGCGGGAUAUUGCUGACAUCCGGACUGCCCUUGAGCGAAAAGAUGUGCACAGUCUGGUGAGGAUCCUGACCAACCGCAGCAAUGAUCAGAGACAGAAACUGAACACCGCCUACCAGAACCUUACUCAGAAAGACCUGAAAGCUGGUCUAAGGAAGGUGCUGUCUGGGAAUCUGGAAUUCCUGAUGCUUUCUCUGAUGAUGCCCCCUGAGCAGUUUGAGGCUUAUCGCCUCCGGCAAGCCAUGGAGGGUCUUGGUACUGAUGAAGAAACUCUGCUAGAGAUCUUGUGUACAAGGACAGCACAACAGCUUUCAAACAUCACAGCUACUUACAAUAAAGAAUUUAAGCGCAAUCUGGAGAAAGACUUGGUCAGUGACACAAGUGGAGAUUUCAGCAGGCUACUUGUAGCUUUGCUUAAGAAGGAAUGCCAGCCUGCUCUGCUUGAACAGGAUGUGAAGGCCUUAUCAGAGGAGCUCAAUGGCAAGAAGGCAGACGCGUGGAUCCGAAUUCUCACCACAAGAGAUCCACUGCAUCUCAGAAAUGUGUUAAUCUACCUGGAGGCUGAAAAAGGCCAAUCUGCGAGUGAAAUUAUAGAGAAACACUUUGGAGGAAUUUUCUCUGGAGACUUCAGGCUGGGCUUGGAAACUCUAGUGCGAUGCAUAGAGAACUCAGAUCUAUACUUGGCCCAGCGGAUCCGAACUAUGAAGUGGCCAGUGGUCCAGGGAGUGAUGGUGUCUCACAGCGAGGAGGAUCUAGUAGCUGUACGGGUUGCAUACAAGCAGGAGGCCGGGACCUCCCUCUACACUGCUUUACAGAAGCAGUUCACAGGAGAGCUUCAGUAUGCUUUGUUAGCUAUAUGCCGUGCCGAAGACUAA